AUGCGUUCGUUGGGGAGUGAAGUGAGGGGCGUGCGGUGGGGUGAGCUGUUGUCGUUGAUAUGCGCCGGGGGCUUACGACCGAAGCUGACUCAAAGUGUGGCGCAGACAGGGUUGUUGUGGGUGGGUCCGGCCUGCGUAAAGGUUUUGGCGUUGGGGCCGAAGACGGCGUUUGAGCAUGAGCUGAGGUGCUCCCCCGUCACAGGUACGCCCUACUCGAAGCCAAUACCGACGGAAGUGUGGCGGUUUGAUCAGGACUACAACUGGUUCCGGUUAUGGGACCGCCUCAUGGUGUUGCGGUGUGAAGAUGAAUUAAACGACAAACGUCUGCAGCUUUCGGAGGCGGCACUGCUGACAGUGAUUCGGAACAGGAUAGGGGAUAUGGCUCCGCCAGAGGCGGUGGAGGCGCUGUGUCGCGAGAUAUUUGGUGACCAGUUGGAUGUGUUGAAGGCAAUUGUGAGCGAGCGAGAGGAGACGGGUGAGAAACUCAGAACUACCGUAUCGUUGGGCUACACGCAGCCCCUGAGUAAGCACGAGGCCGACAGAAUACGGCCACUCGUACCUGAGGACUGGAGACCGGCCAUCGAUCGGAGGGCGGACUGGAAGAUUCCGGUGUGGAAGGCCAUCGAAGACGCACCGCAGGCUUGA